AUGCUUGAAAGAAGGGAAACAAAUCGGGGCCAUGCGUGGAGCUGCCGCUGCUGUGCAGCAGGACCGAGUAAGCACAGGGACCAGCCGCACUGCGCCAGGGCCCUGUACUGCACGGAGGAGCACAGCCUGCCACACUUGCAGGAUUACAGCCUCUUCUUCAAGAAUGUAACCGGUCACUACAUUUCCCCCUUUCAUGAUAUUCCUCUGAAAGUGGGUUCUAAAGAGGAAAAUGGCAUUCCUACAAAGAAAGCACAAAAUGAUGAAUAUGAGAAUUUGUUUAAUAUGGUUGUAGAAGUACCUCGGUGGACAAAUGCCAAAAUAGAGAUUGCCACCAAGGAGCCAUUGAAUCCUAUUAAACAAAGGGUAAAGGAUGGCAAGCUACGCUAUGUUGCGAAUAUCUUCCCUCAAAAGGGUUAUAUGUGGAAUUAUGGCCCCUCCCCAAAGGUUCUUUCUCAUGGAGAGGUUAUUCAUGUGAAGGCACUUGGAAUUUUGUCUCUUAUUGAUCAGGGUGAAACAGAUUGGAAGUUAAUUGCUAUCAAUGUGAAUGAUCCUGAAGCCUCACAAUUUCAUGAUAUUGGUGAUGUUAAGAAGUUAAAACCAGGUUACUUGGAAGCUACUCUCAAUUGGUUUAGAUUUUAUAAAGUGCCAGAAGGAAAGCCAGAAAACCAGUUUGCUUUUAAUGGAGAUUUCAAGAACAAGGCUUUUGCUCUUGAAGUUAUUAAAUCUACUCAUGAAUGUUGGAAAGCAUUGCUUAUGAAGAAGUGUGAUGCAGGGGCUAUAAAUUGUACAAAUGUGCAGGUAUGUGAUAGCCCACUCCAUUGCACUCAGGAGGAAGCAAGAUCAUUAGUUGAAUCAGUGUCAUCUUCACUGAAUAAAAAAAGUAGGAAAGAAGACCACGUGUGGCACUUCCUUGGCAAGUGA